AUGGCCACGCCACGACUCGUACCCACCUUUGAGAUGCCUCUGAUGAAUGAUGUGAAGGCCAGGCUGCUGGAAGCUCUCGAUCGAGGGGACUCCCUCUACACGAUAUCUCUCAUGUUCCCAGACAUUGCCAGAGACGUUUUGUUGUUGACUUGCUCGCAUAACAGCACGGUUGACCAGCUCGAAAACGACUGCAGGCAUGGCAGGAAUUCGUUGAUGCUCCUGCAUGCGAUUCCGCGGAAGCUGCUGAGGUCUCUGAUCCAGGGCACCCUGGCAUUUGACGCUGUGCAUUCACGAGACGCGAGCUGCUACCCGGAAAAGGGACAGGGCAUCUAUGCCAUUGACGUAUACAUUGAAAAUCGAGGAGGCAAGUUUCUCAGUCACGACGAGAUAACUAGCGUCAUUGCCGAAUUGAAGGGUUAUAUCAAGGCAUACCGGAUCAACUCGCGAACCCUGCAGGGUCAUCAGCGUGACAUUGGUGACAGGAUGCUCGUCAAGAAGGCCUAUGCCUUUGAUGAUGCAUUUGGGACCUCGGCGAGCGACAAGACACGGCUGAUUACCAACGCUGCCGACGUGUUUUUGGCCAAUAACUUGGUGAAGGCGCUCCAGCGCAGACAGCGUGUGGUUACGGACUCUCGUCAUUUCAGAGUGCAUCAGAUCCAAGGCAUGCCGUAUGUCGGAUGCUCCGGUGACCUUGAGACCCGGGUGCCCGGUUACAGGACCAACAACGCCCUUGGAGGCAAGCGCACGCUGGACCCGGCCUCGAUCAACACGCCGUUGAUACUUCUUCUUUCGGCCAUUAAGGUCAUUGGACUGGUGCCCAAGACGGUGUCGAGAGUGAUACUCAAGACCUGGGAACCGGGGUUGCUGCCCAUGGCAGAAAGGCUCGUCAUUUCAUUGGCGCACUCCAACUAUGCACAGGAUGGCUUGAACGUGGCCGAAGGCGGCGGGCAAAGGGGCAAAGACAAGGCCUCAACUAUGCGGCAAGUGGAAUCUGAAGUAUUGUGUGUGCGGCCCUUUUUCAACACAAACAUGCAGCUUUCUCUUGCCGACCUUGAGCAGAGACGUGUGUUUCUGGACAACCUCGAGGCGAUUGACGGCGCGAGGGGGGAGAUUUUGAAGCUGUCUCGUGAAUAUGACAUGCACAAGCUUACGCUGGACAGACUGCUGAAGCAGUGGGAGACCGAGCUGAAGAAGGUCAUGAAGAGCAAGACGGACAGCUUGCGAUUGCAGCACACUGCGGUCACUGCCGAAGAGCUUCAAUGGCAGAGGCUCGACGAUAUCACAAUGAGGGUGUGUCUACGCCUCGGGAUAGAAGACGACGAAGACGAAGAAGACGAGGGUGAGGGUGAAGGGGUCAUAGUCCUGGACUAG